AUGCAGCGUUUCAGGGAAGGCAUCCACAUACGGACCAUGAAGGCCAAGAGGAAAGUGGAGGAGAUUUCCAAAGAGGAUGUCCAGACUUUCUUGAAGAAGAACGCCUUUGUACUUUUCACAGUCGGUGCAGUUAUUGCAGGGAUUAUUCUGGGGUUUGCAUUGCGCCCCUACAAGAUGUCAUACCGAGAGGUGAAAUAUUUCUCUUUCCCCGGAGAAUUAUUGAUGAGAAUGCUGCAGAUGCUCGUCCUACCCUUGCUAGUUUCCAGUCUCAUAACAGGAAUGGCUGCUUUGGACAGCAAAGCCUCAGGGAAGAUGGGCAUGAGAGCUGUGAUCUACUACAUGACCACUACCUUCAUCGCUGUCUUCAUUGGCAUCCUCAUUGUCCUCAUCAUCCAUCCAGGAAGAGGAUCCAAAGAUGAGUUUGGAAAGCAGCAGACAAUAGAGCAAGUCAGUCCUGCAGAUGCCUUUUUAGAUCUGAUCAGAAAUAUGUUUCCUCCGAAUUUGGUCCAAGCUUGCACACAACAGUAUAAAACCAAAUAUGGAAAGCGAUCUGUUCAUGUGACGGUGACAGUGAAUGACACACUCUUCAACACCACCAAUGGAACCCAGGAGGUGAUGGAAAUCACCCGAGAAGAAGUGAUUCCAGUGUCCGGUCAGGUGAACGGAUUAAAUGCGCUUGGGCUGGUGGUCUUCUCCAUGUGCUUUGGGCUAAUAAUUGGCAACAUGAAGGAGCAAGGCCAGCUCUUGAGGGAUUUCUUUGACAGCCUCAAUGACGCGAUCAUGCGCCUGGUUGCCAUCAUCAUGUGGUAUGCUCCUAUUGGGAUUUUGUUCCUGAUUGCAGGAAAAAUAGUGGAAAUGGAUGAUCUGACACAGAUGGGGGGGCAGUUGGGCAUGUAUACCAUCACAGUUAUCAUUGGCUUAAUGAUCCACGGCAUUCUAAUUCUUCCCACUCUAUAUUUUGUCAUCACUCGGCAGAACCCUUUUAUUUUCAUUGCUGGGCUUCUGCAAGCUCUGGUCACAGCAUUGGGCACCUCCUCCAGCUCUGCCACCCUUCCUGUCACCUUCAAAUGUCUUGAGGAGAACAACAGAAUUGACAAGCGAAUCACUCGCUUUGUGUUGCCGGUGGGCGCCACCAUCAACAUGGAUGGCACUGCCCUGUAUGAGGCAUUGGCAGCCAUUUUUAUUGCUCAAGUCAACAACAUGGAGAUGAACUUUGGCCAAAUAAUCACAAUCAGUAUUACAGCGACUGCGGCUAGUAUAGGAGCGGCUGGCAUCCCACAAGCCGGCCUGGUUACCAUGGUGAUUGUAUUGACCUCUGUUGGACUUCCUACUGAUGACAUCACUCUAAUCAUUGCGGUUGAUUGGUUCCUGGACCGUCUGCGUACCACCACCAAUGUUUUGGGGGAUUCCAUUGGAGCGGGCAUUGUUGAGUUCCUUUCUCGGCAUGAACUUCGCAGCAAAGAUGUGGAAAUGGGAAACUCUGUGCUGGAGGAGAAAGAGAGGAAGAAGCCUUACAAGCUCAUCUCACAAAAUAGCGAUUUUGAAAAUGACAAGUGUGGUCACAAUGAAUCGAGCAUGUAG